CCUGAACAGAUAUUCGAUGAGUAAGACGUCGAGAAGCUUCCACGACUCGCAAAAUAAUUUUUUAGGGCUCGCUUGGCCGCCGCCAUUUCAAUCAUCUUUUUGGUUAUCGUCGGAAGGUCGGAAAGAGUCGGAAAGAGUAGCUAGCUAUUCGUCGAACAUGUCCGACGACGGCGUAGUCAUGGUCUACGGCAACGGCGCUGCCCUCGAACCCAAGAAGUCCUCCACCUUCUCUGUCAAGGUGGGGCUAGCGCAGAUGCUGCGCGGCGGCGUCAUCAUGGACGUCGUCACCCCCGACCAGGCCCGCAUCGCCGAGGAGGCUGGAGCCUGCGCCGUCAUGGCACUGGAGCGCGUCCCCGCCGACAUCCGCUCCCAGGGCGGCGUCGCCCGUAUGUCCGACCCCGGCCUCAUCAAGGAGAUCAAGCGCGCCGUCACCAUCCCUGUCAUGGCCAAGGCACGCAUCGGACACUUUGUCGAGGCACAGAUCCUGGAAGCCAUCGGCGUCGACUAUGUGGACGAGAGCGAGGUGCUGACCCCUGCCGAUGACCAGAACCACAUCAACAAGCACAACUUCCGCGUGCCCUUCGUGUGUGGCUGCCGCGACCUCGGCGAGGCCCUCCGCCGCAUCCGCGAGGGCGCCGCCAUGAUACGCACCAAGGGCGAGGCUGGCACCGGCAACAUCAUCGAGGCCGUUCGCCACGUCCGUUCCGUCAUGGGCGACAUUCGCGCCCUGCGCAACAUGGACGACGACGAGGUCUUCACCUUCGCCAAGCGCAUCGCCGCCCCUUACGACCUUGUCAUGCAGACCAAACAGCUGGGGAGGCUCCCCGUCGUCCACUUCGCUGCCGGCGGAGUGGCCACCCCGGCCGACGCCGCCCUUAUGAUGCAGCUCGGAUGUGACGGCGUGUUCGUUGGCUCUGGCAUCUUCAAGAGUGGCGAUCCAGCGCAAAGGGCGAGAGCCAUCGUGCAGGCGGUAACCCAUUACAGCGACCCAGAGAUCCUUGCGGAAGUGAGCUCCGGCCUUGGGGAGGCCAUGGUGGGGAUUAAUCUCAGCGACGCCAAGGUCGAGAGAUUUGCAAGCCGGUCGGAGUAGAAGGCAAGCUUCAAAAAUCGCUCUUUUACCCUGCUUUCGUAGAUGGAUCGUUUCUUUACUGAACCAACAUAGUUUCUUUUAAAUUGCCUGCCUUCUUGCCUAGCCCCCUGUAUGCCUUAUGUUCUAGAGGAUCUAUCUAUCUGAUUCCUAUCUGGCGAAUAAUUAGGCUCAAAUGUCUACAUCUCUUAUCAGAACUCCAUGAUCAAGUGAAUGCCUAUGCUUGUUUUACAAAGAUGUUUGCUUUAUCUAACAACUCUUUCACUGGAUAAAUAAUGAGUGUUUAUUGGCUUUUGCAUGCA